AAAAGGGGCUCGUGGGGCUGCUCGGCUGCACACACACAGGUACGACGCUGUCCUCGCGCGGCACAGUACCACAGUGACGUCACAGCACGUGCCGUUCGAGAGCAACUCCAGGACAAGCAUCUUUAAAGACCUCGACCCAACUGUCCGCCCUCACCACUGACCACCGCUACCCGUGUGUUGCUACCUCCACCUGAAAUCUUCACCCGUGGGGCUGUCCGCUCGCUGACAUCAUGAGGGAGUGCAUCUCUAUCCACGUGGGACAGGCCGGCGUGCAGAUCGGCAAUGCAUGCUGGGAGCUGUACUGCCUGGAGCAUGGCAUCCACCCCAACGGCCACAUGGAGGACCUGAAGGCGGCCAUGGCUAACAACGACGAGUCGUUCAACACCUUCUUCUCCGAGACUUCCAUGGGCAAGCACGUGCCGCGCGCCGUCUACGUCGACCUGGAGCCCAGCGUCGUGGAUGAGGUGAGGACGGGUCCGUACCGCCAGCUCUUCCACCCAGAGCAGCUUAUCAGCGGCAAGGAGGACGCCGCCAACAACUACGCUCGCGGCCACUACACCGUCGGCAAGGAAAUCGUCGACCUCGUCUUGGACAGAAUUCGCAAGAUGGCUGACCAGUGUACGGGUCUGCAGGGGUUCCUCGUGUUCCACAGUUUCGGCGGCCGGACGGGCUCUGGUUUCUCCUCGUUGCUGAUGGAGAGACUGUCGGUGGACUAUGGCAAGAAGUCCAAACUGGAGUUUGCCGUCUAUCCUGCCCCUCAGGUAUCCACGGCUGUGGUGGAACCGUACAACUCCAUUUUGACCACCCACACCACGCUUGAACACUCGGACUGCGCCUUCAUGGUAGACAACGAAGCUAUCUACGACAUCUGUCGCCGAAACCUCGACAUCGAGCGGCCGUCAUACCACAACCUCAACCGCCUCAUCGGCCAGAUCGUCUCCUCCAUCACCGCUUCCCUCCGCUUUGACGGGGCGCUCAACGUGGACCUGACGGAGUUCCAGACCAACCUCGUGCCUUACCCCCGCAUUCACUUCCCGCUUGUUACCUACGCCCCCAUCAUUUCAGCCGAAAAGGCUUAUCACGAGCAGAUGUCUGUGGCGGAGAUCACCAACGCCUGCUUCGAGCCGUGCAACCAGAUGGUGAAGUGCGACCCUCGCCACGGCAAGUACAUGGCGUGCUGCAUGCUGUACCGCGGGGACGUCGUGCCGAAGGAUGUCAACGCCGCCAUCGCCACCAUCAAGACCAAGCGCACCAUCCAGUUCGUCGACUGGUGCCCCACCGGCUUCAAGGUCGGCAUCAACUAUCAGCCGCCUACCAUCGUGCCAGGGGGUGACUUGGCGCAGGUGCAGCGCGCCGUGUGCAUGUUGAGCAACACCACGGCCAUCGCCGAGGCCUGGGCCCGCCUGGACCACAAGUUCGACCUCAUGUACGCCAAGCGCGCCUUCGUGCACUGGUACGUCGGUGAAGGCAUGGAGGAGGGCGAGUUCUCAGAGGCACGGGAGGACCUGGCGGCGCUUGAAAAGGACUACGAAGAGGUGGGAGUGGAGAGCGCCGAGAUGGGAGACAACCAGGACGAGGGCGACGAGUACUAGAGGGCGUUGACCUUGCGGCAGGCCAACGGUCCGCCAUGUUUGCUGUGUUUCUGCUUUAGUGCUUCCAGUCUCUCACAGCAACGCUCUUGAGUGUCCCUGUAGCCAGCUUCAUGCCACACAGCAAGUCUACAACCUGCUAGUUGUCUCCCCACUCCCCAUCCCACAGUCACGUGUGAUAUCCUCCAGCUAACGGUUUCAAAAACUAUUUAUUUAUUAUUUACUUAUUUAUUUGUGGAGUAUCAGUGUGUACUAGUUUGCUCUAAGGCUGUGAGAAAAGAAAGUAAGUAAAUGGGUGCCAAUUGUCUUUAUGAUGACAUUUUACAAUUCCUGUGUCAGCAGCAGGGUCUGCGUUCUAUGUAAACGGCAUUCAGAUCUCAGCUUGUCUUGUUAGACGAAUGCACUUACCCUGAAAAUAUUGCAAUAAACUUUCCUAACGCCCCGUGUAAACCUUCGCAUUACAUUCGCGCCACGUGCUCAUGGUUUUGGUGGAUCAGGUCAUAGCUGUCAGAACUCUUCCCUAUCUAACUCACCGAACUCUUCCUCUCGUCACCAGCGGCCGUCGUUAUGAAGGGAGAGUGGUUGUUCUACAGCAAAACGGAGAAAAGAAAAAGCAUCUUGUUUUGGUAGUUACAUUGCUAUGCCCAGAUAUUACGCGGAUGUUCCUCCGAGUUUCUUUACCCCACCCAUCUUUGUUACCGCUCCAUGCUGUAGCUACAGGGGUAAAACAAGGUCUACGAGCUGGACACCGCUUUAUACUGUAGCUACAGGGGUAAAACAAGGUCUACGAGCUGGACACCGCUUUAUACCGUAGCUACAGGGGUAAAACAAGGUCUACGAGCUGGACACCGCUUUAUACCGUAGCUACAGGGGUAAAACAAGGUCUACGAGCUGGACACUGCUUUAUACUGUCGCUACAGGGGUAAAACAAGGUCUACGAGCUGGACACCGCUUUCUAACUUUGAAACUAAGACGGUUGUGCUGUCGCUUCCCACGCUGCCCCAGGGCAGGACGUUACCCUCACUUCAUGACUACCGCCCCAGAUCCCUGAACUCUUCACUGUUCUUGGUGUUGUACUGAGAACUCACGACUUUUGUCUUUGCAUUAUUGUAUGGAAAAUACUUCUCUCUCUCUCUCCUGUUGCAUUCAAAGUAGCGUCCUGUUUAUUAUUUAUUUACUGCUUGCACAGUUCUCUUCACCGUAAAUUGUUCUUUCUGUAAUGAUAACACAGUGCUGGAAGUUUCUCUUUGUAUCUGAUGCUCAUGACUGACAUCACAGACUGACGGGGUCUACAUUUAACGUAGGACUGGGGUCACAAACUGAUGGGAUCCAUAUUUAGCAUAUGCUUGGGGUCACAGACUGACGGGGUCUACAUUUAGCAUGCGGCUGGAGAACACCUAUAGUCAUUGUACUUCUCACGCUGCUGGCUGAGAACAACUUAUUAUACUUGAGUGGUUGCCCAAACGGUGUAUACUUGCGCUGCCCCUGUGCAAUCUUCCGUGCAGACUGAAUGCUACUCACUUCCGUCCAAUGGGUAGCAGUUCCGUCUGUCCUACCCCAUGUACUCGCGCGCAGUGGCACCAAAGACGCGAGGCUGUGGUGAGUGAGAAGCUGCCUGGCCUUAACUUGUCAAUGUGCUGUGAGGAGCGUCUUCCAUUUUGAAUUCACUAACCCUUUCCCAGGACCCACUAUAGUACGGUGACGUCACUGACAUACAAUUAGUGAUCACAGUGAAAGAGAAACCGUAAACUGCGAGGGUUGGAGGUGACGGGAUCAGUUUUUGAUGAACAUGAUGGGAACACUUCGUAUGACCAUAACGGGAACAGUAUAUGUUGUGUACAACUAUGACGUCAGUUGCGCUGCGUAAUGUGUCAACGUGCACUGUAUUACAAUGUUGCUGUGUACUGUCAUCGUACACUUGAUUACGUGUCAAUGUGUACUGUCAUCGUGCACUUUAGUACAAUAUCAGUGUGUCUUGCGUCAUCGUACAAUUAAUUACUUGUGUGCUGUUUACAGCAAUGGUAACUGUGUUCUAGACACUUGUCAUAGUAUGCAUAGUCUACACACUAAGUAAGGAUUAGACGUACACUGUUAACUGGGUAAACACUAUGUGAAAAUUACACUCACAGUAUUAACAUUCUGGGUUUGGGUAAUAACAGUAACUAAAUAAUGUCAAAUGGUGACAGUAAGUUCUGCCUCAAAUGAGACUGAAUUGUUCAAGGAACGAGAAGGAAGGACCACAUCGUUGUUCUUUCAUGACGUCAUAGUCGACCAUCCACGAUCCCUUGUCUGCCACUCCAUUUCCUUUAUUUACAGAGAACGCGACGUAGUGUCCACCUCAAGGCUGUCCUCCCAGUUAUUAGUAAAAGUAGGUAACUGUCCUGGUCCGCCAGUGCUUUACACCUCGAUUUAGUAGCAGGAAGUACGUCACAGUCCUUGUCUGUGAGUGCCUUACGUCACGUAGUCCCACUCAUCACCCCUCCUUCCCGUGUCACUUGACGUCAUCUUUAAGACGAGCAUGGAAUCAUCUGGUCUCGUGCCGUGAAGACCGACACCCGGUAUAAGAACGUCACACGUGUAGGAAGGAUGUGACGUCACACUUAUUCGGAGGAUGUAAAGUGUAUUAUGGGUGUUGCUGAGGCAAAUAAACGUGUUUGCUGUUUGUGAUACAGA